AUUUUUAUUAUAAGUCAAUAAGUGCUAGACUAGCACUGCUAGUGAAUCACUCCGAUACCGACAAUAAUAAAAUAUUUCACAAAGCGCAUACAUAGUAUGGAAAAUAGUAAACAGUAUACUUAUAAAUGUCAGAAACGUUUUAUAUGUUCUGGGAAUAACAAGUUUAUUUACUUUAUUAGUAAAUUGGCAAACUUCUAUGAAAUUUUACGUUUGCUAUUCAAAGAAGUUCAUAACUUAGAGUCGUGGGUGAAAAAUGAAAAAUCAAUUUUGCGAGUAUGCCAGGUGCUUCGUUUGAUAACAAUGAACAAAGUAUUGCUUGUGCCUCUUGUGAUUCUUUUUAUUACUAAUGCUACAAAUGGAACGUCGGUGGGAGAUUCAAAUACCCAACUUCAGAAAGGUUAUGAAGACCUUUCAGUAUCAAGUUUGCCUAAAAGUCGACAUGGUGUGAAUACUAUUCGAGUUGUGGGAAUACGAUUGGAAGAUGACACAGUAGAAACAAAAAAUGGUAUACCUAGUGUGUUGGUAGACAAAGAUCAAACGUUUAGAGUUUUCGGCAGUGGCUUACAAAAAAAUACCGUAAUAACAUUUACCACUGAAGCAAAUGAAUAUGGUGGUCCAUGUCUCAAACCAGCUACUGAUCUUUUUACACCGUUGGAAGUGGCCAAUGAUGGGUUUUCAGCAACGUACAAUGUUAAAUUUCCGUCAACUUUAGGUGUAUUUUAUAUUUGUGCCAAAACUGCUGAGGAAAAAAAUAAUAAUAGCACAGCCGAAACUACUUCGCCCCUAGCACAUCAAGGAAAUUCCGAUUGUCUUAAAGUUGAAACACAAGAACCCUUAUUACCUGUUUGGAUAGCCAUAAUCAUCAUAGUAACAUGCCUUUGCUUUUCUGCUUUAUUUUCUGGUCUUAACUUGGGUUUGAUGGCUAUGGACCGCACAGAGUUAAAGAUAUUGCGAAACACUGGUACGGAAAAAGAAAAGAGAUAUGCAUCAAAAAUUGCACCAGUUCGAGAUCAAGGUAAUUAUCUGUUGUGCAGUAUUCUCUUGGGUAAUGUGUUGGUUAACUCCACCUUUACCAUUCUGCUGGAUGGUUUAACUUCUGGACUUUUUGCCGUUAUAUUUUCCACAUUGGCCAUCGUUCUCUUUGGUGAAAUAACACCUCAGGCUGUGUGUUCACGUCAUGGAUUGGCCAUUGGAGCCAAAACCAUUUUAAUAACCAAAACUGUUAUGGCUAUAACAGCUCCUUUGUCUUAUCCAGUGUCUCGAAUUCUCGAUAAGUUAUUGGGCGAAGAAAUUGGUAAUGUUUACAAUAGGGAACGAUUGAAGGAACUUGUUCGUGUUACAAAUGAUGUUAACGAUCUUGAUAAAAAUGAAGUUAACAUCAUAUCUGGAGCACUGGAGUUACGUAAAAAAACUGUUGCGGACGUAAUGACGCAUAUAAAUGAUGCUUUUAUGCUGUCAUUAGAGGCGGUACUUGAUUUUGAAACUGUUUCGGAAAUCAUGAAUUCAGGGUACUCACGUAUUCCUGUGUACGAUGGCGAUAGGAAAAACAUUGUUACACUACUUUACAUCAAAGACUUGGCCUUUGUUGAUACUGAUGAUAAUACGCCAUUGAAAACACUUUGCGAGUUCUACCAAAAUCCAGUUCAUUUCGUUUUUGAGGAUUAUACUUUAGACAUUAUGUUCAACCAAUUCAAAGAGGGUACAAUUGGACAUAUCGCUUUUGUCCAUCGCGUAAAUAAUGAGGGAGAUGGAGACCCGUUUUAUGAAACUGUGGGCUUAGUUACAUUGGAAGAUGUUAUUGAAGAGCUGAUUCAGGCUGAAAUUGUUGACGAAACCGAUGUUUUUGUUGAUAACCGUACAAAGACAAAACGAAAUCGUUAUAAGAAAGCAGACUUUUCUGCGUUUGCUGAGCGUCGUGAGAUUCAAGCUGUUCGAAUUUCUCCUCAAUUAACGUUGGCUACGUUCCAGUACCUAAGCACAGCUGUUGACGCUUUUAAAAAGGAUGUCAUCUCGGAACCAAUUUUGCGGAGACUACUUAAUCAAGACGUGUUCCACAAUAUUAAAACAAAAGGUAAAAGUAAAGACGACCAAAGUCUGUACAUUUUCACACAAGGAAAACAUGUGGACUUUUUCGUACUUAUAUUGGAGGGUCGCGUGGAAGUUACCAUUGGAAAAGAAGCUCUUAUGUUUGAAAGUGGUCCGUUUACUUAUUUCGGAACACAAGCCUUGGUGCAAAAUGUGGUUAUUGACUCUCCAACGCAACUUGGGUCCUUGCAGUCUCUUAAUAUGGACUCGAAAAUUCGGCAAUCAUUUGUACCUGAUUACUCUGUUCGUGCAAUAUCUGAUGUCAUAUAUAUUGCAAUUAAAAGGGUGCUAUAUCUAACGGCUAAAAAGGCUACUUUGUUGGAAAAGAGUCGUAAAUCUGGGACAUUCUCAAGCGAAACAUUCGACGACGAGGUGGAACGCUUGUUGCAUUCUAUUAAUGAAGACGAAAAACCCCAAUUACUUACUGCGAAUCAAAGCGCUAGGCACCAUUCGAAACUUAAUCGAAGUAUGACUUCAUCCCCCACCAAUGUUGACUUAUCUCAUGAUGAAAGAAGCAAUCAAAGCGUCGGUGGAGACAUCCAAGAUGACAAAAAGAUGAUCAACCCUGAGCACACAGAUAAUGCCUCAAUAAGUAGUUUGGUUGCUUCAGAAGUGGGGGAAUAUCUUCAAAAUGGGGAACAAGACGACAGGGACAUUACUAUAGCUUCUAUGCCCCUUCUACCGAAGCCACAAGAUAGACCUGAAAAUAGGGAAAAUAAUCCUAAAUAACAUAUUAUUUUGAAGUCGUCAGCUGUAAUGUUUGACCUUAUGGAAGAAAAUCCAAUGUCUGGUCAAAUUUCUUAAUUAUCUGUUAUAUUUUCAGAAUUGUCUUGAUUAUUUCCACAAAUUUGAUUCAUUUAUAUGCAAAUUCAGAUAGCGCUUUUUUUAAGUUUCUGUGUUCUUGUUGUUUAAAAUUAAUUGUUACUUUUUCCUGUAGCGCAUUUGUGAAAUUAAGAAAAAAAAUCUAUAUUCACUAUAGGCAAGUGGUUGAUAUGGAUUUUCUUUAGAAAAUAUAUUAUUGUGUUACCUCAUAAAAUAUGUACUUAAGAAGUUAUUUAGGAACGGCCACUUACCUACCCUUCUUACCUUUACUCCCACUUCUAAAAAAGUGAGACUUAGUUUGAUUCUAUGCUGUAUUAUGAAUAUAGACGGCUUUAAUAAAAAUAACUUGGUAAAACUUAAA